CGUAUGUUGGUUCAUAUUAGCAUUCUUUCCAUUGAUUUUGUUUCAUUGAUAGAAUCGAUAAAGAAUUCUCCAGGAUAAGUAAUUCACUUAUCGUGUUGAUAGAGGAAGUGACUGAAAAUUAAAUAAGUUAUCAGAAAUCAUUGUGUGUUAUCGAUAAAUCGUGAAAAAAUGGAUACAAAAUCGUAUGUUAUUGCAACUGCAGCAGUUGCAGUGCCAGUAUUCUUUUUGAUAAAUCGAUGGGCGCGAGGUGGUCAAUUCAAUAAAGACGUUAGAAUUGAUGGAAAAAUUGUGAUUAUUACUGGAGCAAACACGGGAAUAGGUCGUGAGACUGCAUUGGAUUUAGCAAAUAGAGGAGCAAAAGUAUAUCUAGCGUGUCGGGAUUUAAAUAGGGCUGAUGCGACCAGAGAGGAUAUCAUUCUAAAAACGGGCAACCAAAAUGUUUUUGUGAAAAAGUUGGACCUAGCUUCACUUGAAUCCGUUCGGAUGUUCGUGGAAGAAUUUAAGAAAUGUGAAACCAAACUGCACGUAUUGAUCAACAACGCCGGUGUAAUGGCUAUUAAUAAUCGCCAAACGACACAGGACGGCCUGGAAAUGCAAAUCGGAACGAAUCAUUUUGGACAUUUCUUAUUGACCAAUCUUCUGUUAGACACAAUCAAAAUAUCCGCUCCGGCUCGAAUUAUAAAUGUUUCUAGUAUUGUCCAUAAAUGUGGAACGAUAAAUCGUAAGGACCUGCAAUCCGAAAAAUCUUAUUCGAAAUGGCCAGCUUACUGUCAGUCGAAAUUGGCGAACAUUUUAUUCACACGAGAAUUGGCAAAACGAUUGAAAGAUUCCAAUGUUACAGCUAAUUCAUUACACCCAGGCGUGGUACGAACUGAAUUGUCAAGGAAUUUGGCUAUAUUACAAUAUGCUGCGUUACCAUUGCAUCCGUUUACAAAAUCACCGAAAUCUGGUGCACAAACAUCUAUUAUGUUAGCUGUAGACCCAGAUUUGAAGAGUGUUACAGGUAAAUACUUUGCUGAUUGUGCAAUUUCUAAAGAAAGUACAGCAGCUCAAUGCGAUGAAACAGCAACAUGGUUAUGGGAUGUUAGUGAAGGAGUCACAGGGAUCAAAAAAGAAUAAAGAACAAAAUAAAUUCGGAGUUUUUAUACUUCGGUUCGGAUCGUAGUUCGGUCGUUUAAAAUAGUGAAAAUUCUGAGAUUAUGGAAAUUAUUUUGAAAAAGUAAGGAGUCGUACGUUAACCGUUUGAUCCAUGGAAGAAGCAUAGAUCCAUUAGGUGAUAUCGAAAGACUAACCUGUCGCAGACGGCAAACAUAUUAACAGUUUUACUAUUUAAACUAUUACUUCAUUUGAUCAAAGAUUUUCAUAGAUUGAUUUCAGAAAUCUUUUACUUCAUUUGUUUUGAACAUGCUUUUUGCUAUUUUAGACCUAAUUAGGCGGAGCUUGUCGUUUGUUAUUGCUGUCAUUGUCGAUAACAGAUGACAGCCGUCUGUUCGCACCAUGCCACUAUAGACUUUAAUUUCACAUCAAUUUUGAUCAUAUUCGAUUUGAGGCGACUAGUAGGGUGUGUCGAUUUCAAUUUUUUUUUAGUCAUUCCUGGUUCCGCCCUACCGCGAUUCACCCUCGCACUAGCAAUAAUAAUCAGCAAUUUUUUUUUAUAAGUCAAUAUAAGCUUGCACCGUCACUUUUUCAAAAAUUUUCGAGCUACACGAGAUACUUGGAUUAUGGGUCCGAA